GUUAACCAUUUCUUGACUAGUUUUGACUCUAGUUUUGACUAGUUUUGAAUCUCUGCACAUGGCUGACAAUUACAAGUCUACCACCUCAUUUAAAAUAUUUGCCUUACAUUCUUAAUGUUUAAUUUUUCUUCUUUUUAAAAAUGUUCUACUAUCAGAUUCUUCUGCUGUCUGGCUUUGUUCAUUCCUGAUCACGGUAGCGAUUGAAAUGCAGGAAGGAAAAGGCAGAGCACAGCCUUGAUAAGCUUUCCUGUAAAUGUUUUUUUUUUGUUUUUUUUUGUCAGUCUGUGAACACCCUGCAGUUCUGACCAUUUGCUUUCUCCUCGCCUAACUGACCCUAAAAAUACCAGACAUCUUGAGACGACCUGUGCACAUACGCCAACUAAUACAAUGGGAAGUUUGAGGUUCCAUGCAUUUCUCCUGCUGCUCUUGUACACUAGUGUGGUGCAGAUAACUGAAGAAGUGAUACACAUGGGCUUGUUUCCUGAAGCUGCUGAUUACUCAUUCUACAACUGUCGGAAAGAGAUGCUGCAAAUGGUCACAAAAAGUGGAGGUCUGCUGCAGACAGAGCUUAACAACAAUGCCGAUUUUAAAACUAUGUGGCGAAACGCAAAAUCCAAAAAGGCCAUUCCAGGGAGUACACCGGAGCACAUGGCUGUGCUGCAGAGCUAUGUUGAAGCUACUCCUGAAUUUCAUGAAAAAUUCAAGAAGUUGGUUCAGAACAAUGGCAGGGGCAGUUCGACUUCCCAAGACGAGUUUCCUUUCAAAUCUCUUUUCUUCCUGCUGACAGAUGCCAUGCAACUCAAAGGCCAAAAGAAAUGUCGUACAGUGUACUCUGGCACAGAGAAGGAAUAUAUCACCAAAAUUGGGGAGAAAGUACGUUUUGUGAGUUUUUUCCCAGCAAAACUGCAAUAUACUUCUGCAACUGAGGAUGCAAGUGUAGAUGAAAACCCUGGGACUGUUUUCAACAUCACGUCUUGUUCUGUGAUCAGCCUUGAAGAUUAUGGGUGUAGUUCAGAGGAAAUGGAUGCGCUAAUAUCACCCACUGAAGUUUUCACAGUUGAGGAUAUCACGACUGUUAUGAAUAUUAAUGAUAAUUUUAAAAAGAUCACCUUGGUACAUUCUGACUUUUACAGUUCUUCUAACUGCAGCAGCCUUGCCAGCUUGUCUGAAGAAUCUAAAGAAUCAUCUUCAAGUUUCCUGAGUUCCAGUUUCCUGAAUCUGAUGGCUUCCUUUCUCAUGCUGUGCUUCUACACGCUGAUUCUGUAAUAAACUGUUUGUUCUCAGAAAUGCAUGAAAUCAUGUGGGAAUAGUAAGUUACAUUCAUUCCAUUAAUGAAUGUUUACCACAUUCAGUGUUCUUGACUUAUAAGGAUGAAUUUAUCACAAUAAUAAAUUACUUUCAUUAUUCAUUUUAAUGCAUGUUCUCUGUUCUCAUUUUAAUCUAACCUUUAAGACCACUUAAAAACCCCAAAAACGUAGGACUAUUUAAAAUGAUAAAAUAGGCCUAUAUAAUUUUUUAGUAAAACUAAGCUGCAGUGUUCCUUGAAAAUGCCCAGGCAUUGCAAAAAACAUCCAUGAAUUCAUUUUUAUAUUCCCAUAAAGUAUAUUGGAAAGACGCUCAAGGUGUUAUAUGAAGUACCUCACACCACCAGAGGGCGCCAUUGCAACAGACCUCAUAUCACUUGCAGUCAUUUUCGUCAUUUCUGUCAUGUUGCAAAUACAUUCAUGAUACAGUUUCACUAAAAAUAUGGGAAAUUACAGUUAAGUGUUUCAGUUAAAUUUCACGCCUUCCGUUUAAAGACUUUUGGCCCUGUCUGCCUUCCAUAUGUCACACCCUUGCCAUGUGUUGCCUACAUUGUAUAACUGUAUCCCUAAAUGUGACAAUCAAUUUAUG